GAGAAAGAGAGAGAAGGGAAGAGAGAGAGAGAGAGACAGAGCGCAGAGAGAGAGAGAGAGAGAGAGAGAAAGAGAGAAACGUUUCUUUGUGUGUCCGUUUUUUCAGUUAGUAUUAUAUGAAGGAGGAAGCAUGGUGUCUGACCAAGAAAUAGCAAGAGGGGUGGAGACUCUGCUCCGGCAGUCGGACCCGAACGCCACCACCACGUUAAACGGUGUCGUUCAGCAGCUGGAAGCGAAGCUAGGGCUCGACCUCUCCCAUAAAGCUGGCUUCAUCAGGGACCAGAUCAACCUCCUUCGCCCUCCCCAACCCCAGGCUCAACCCCCUCCGAAGGACCAUUUUACCCUCCAACAUCAUCCACAAUUCCAUUCGCAUCAACACCAACAAUUUCCUCUCCAUUUUGCCCUCCAACAUCACUCACAAUUCCCUUCCCACGACCUCAACUUCGGCCAGCACGCUCCGCCGCCUCAACCGCAGCCGCAGGCUCCGCUUACGGCUCUACCACCGCCGCAGGUUCAGUCCCAACUGCAGCAGCAACAGCAACAGCAACAGCUGCCGCUGCAGCCGCAGCCGGCUGUCACGAAAGCCGAAGUCUUCCCCCAAAAUGCAGCUCCCGUUGCCACCUCAGAAGUGCCUAAAGAAAGUGCUCCAGUUGGAGCCAAAAGAAGAGGUGGGCCAGGGGGACUGAACAAAGUUUGUAGUGUUUCACCAGCACUUCAAGCCAUAGUUGGUGAGCCAGCUUUACCAAGGACUGAGAUUGUCAAGCAGCUGUGGGCAUAUAUAAGGAAGAAUAGCCUCCAAGAUCCAAGUAACAAGAGAAAAAUAAUUUGUGAUGAGGCCUUGCGCUUGGUGUUUGAGACAGACUGCACUGACAUGUUCAAGAUGAACAAACUGCUAGCAAAACAUAUUACCCCACUUGAGCCUUCAAAGGAGUCAAGUCAAACUAAACGAGUGAAAGUAGAUGUUGAGUCCACAACUGAAAGUGUUGAACCAGGUCCGAACCCUGUAAUAAUAUCUGAAGCGCUUGCCAAGUUUUUGGGUGCUGGAGGAAGGGAGAUGCUAGCAACGGAGGCUGAAAGAAGGGUUUGGGAGUACAUAAAGGUUAAUCGUUUGGAGGAUCCAUUAAAUUCAAUGGUGGUACUGUGUGAUGCUAAGCUUCGUGAGCUUCUUGGAUGUGAAAGCAUAUCUGUGAUGGGGAUACGUGACACACUACUACGUCAUCAUUUAUUUAAGCACUCCUGAGAUCUUGUAGUGUUGACUGGGGCAUGGGACCUUGGUCAUAUGGUUGUCUCUCAUGGUAGAACAGAUAGUGAAGACCUUUCUCUUUUCUACUUGUUCUUUUAUGUUUUUUGUGCAUUGACUUCUUUAGAUGAGAAGCUUUACACUAGUUGCUUGUUUAUGGUCCGAAUGAAAAUGUAGAAUGGGCCCAAUGGCAAGGAUAUUUUGUAGUUAUGCCAUUUGCCCGGAUCUAGGUGUACUUGUUUAUUUUGUUGUAGACCGGUCUUUCCAAUGCUAACCUCAAACUGAACUGAAGGAAGUCGUAAUGGAAAUAUAAGUUGUUUUAA